AUGAUAACCAGAAAUAGCGGGAGUUACCAAGUAGAGAGUGAGCGCCUGCAGGGUGAAGAUGUUGGUCGACCGCAGGAACUCGGCGUUGGUCAGGGCCUGCUUGGUCGCCCUGGUGAAACGGCUGAGAAGGGCGGUCCUGGACUCGCCCAGCAGCCUCAGACAGGUCUCCUCGUCGGUCGAGGUCACCGCCGCCGUGUAGAUGGCGAAGAGCAGGGCCUCGGUGCUGCGGGAGACGCUGGCCAGGUCCGCGGCCGCGUCGAGCACCAUCCGCUGCAUCGUCUGCGAGUGGAAGAGCUUGACUAUCGGGUUGACGUUGUUCAGGUAGAUCUGCCACAGCUGGAAGAGCUGCGGCGCCGGCGGGUGAAGCCCAUGGAGGUCGAGGUAGCGGGCGUCGCCAAACAGGCUCAGGGGCUCGCUCUCCUGCUGCUCGAGGUCGAACUGCGACUCCUCGUCUGCGUCCAGAACCUCCGGAUCUUGCAGCUAUUCCCGUUAGACAGCUCUCACAUUUCUAUGCUUCACUUCUAUGCAUGA